AUGAUAAGAACGAUUAAAAAUCUUCUCAAGAAUUUAAAUAUUGCCAAAAAUCAAGUUCGUCAUUCUUCGGGUGAAACAAACCUUUUUAUUAAUGGCAAACCUAUUACAGUACCCAGUUAUUUUACGAUACUGCAGGCAUUACGUCAUGAAAAUGUUACCAUACCUACAUUUUGCUACCACGACCGACUCUCCAUAGCAGGUAAUUGUAGAAUGUGCCUUGUGGAGAUUGAAGGCAUGUGGAAGCCACAAAUCGCCUGUGCCAUGCCAGUGGCUAAGAAUAUGAAAGUAAGAACGAACUCUGAAGUAGCUUACAAGGCACAAGAGGGUGUUCUAGAAUUUCUGUUAACCGAUCAUCCUCUAGAUUGUCCUAUUUGUGAUCAAGGAGGCGAAUGCGAUCUUCAAGAUCUGUCUAUGAAGUUCGGAAAUGACAGGACUCGAUUCACUGAUAUACAUUUUGAAGGAAAAAGAGCUGUAGAAAACAAAAACCUCGGGCCAUUGAUACGUACGGAGAUGACUAGAUGUAUUCAUUGUACAAGAUGUAUCAGAUUCGCAUCUCAGGUUUGUGGAUUGGAUGUUUUGGGUACAGCAGGUCGUGGUGGUGAAAUGCUCGUAGGAACAUAUGUUGACAAAAUGUUUUUAUCGGAGCUAUCUGGUAAUAUUAUCGAUUUAUGUCCCGUCGGCGCUCUAACUAAUAAACCUUACAUGUUCAAAGCUCGUCCGUGGGAAAUUAAUAGAGCUAAUUCCAUAGAUGUUACAGAUGCUACAGGAACAAACAUAAGCGUGAAUUAUAGAUUCGAUAGAGUUUUAAGAGUUUUACCUAGAGAAAAUGAAGAAGUGAAUCAAGAAUGGUUGUCUGAUAAGGGGCGUUGGUCUAUAGACUCUUUAGAUAUACAAAGGCUAGUAACCCCCAUGUACAAAUGUAACGAUUGCUUGAUUCCCACAGAAUGGGAUAAGGUAUUGAAAAUGGUGUCAAAACUUUUAAAAUGUAAUAAGGCUUUUGAUAUUAUGGCCAUAGCUGGUCCUUAUUGUAAUGCAGAAACAUUAGUAGCUACAAAAGAUUUACUUAAUGUACUUGGCUCGGAGCACACCUACGUAGAAAGAAAUCUAGAUUAUUCUGAAACAGUAGUUGAUAUAAGAGCUUCAUAUUCUUUAAAUAUAUGCAUGAAAAACGUUGCAUUAUCUGAUAAAAUUUUGUUAGUUGGCACAAAUCCGCGAUUCGAAGCCCCUAUAUUAAAUGCUCGAAUAAGGCAAGCGUAUAUGUUUAAUGAAUGCGACAUUUACGUUAUUGGACCAAAAUGUGAAUACAACUAUCACGUUGAAUACGUUGGAGAAAGUGUGAAAGACUUAGCAAAUGCUAAAAACUACUUAGAAAAAGCAAAAUCUCCUCUAAUUUUUGUUGGUAUUGACCAGUUAGAUAAUCCAGAUGCUGUUACUUUGAUGAGAGAGCUCAUAAAGAUAUCUAAUUCCUUAAAGAAGUCGAGCGAUUGGAAAGUCUUGAAUAUAUUGACAAAGGAAGCUAGCUUCGCUGGAGCUCUGGAGGCGGGAUGGAAACCUGGAGGUAUAAAGGCAAUACAAUCUUUGAAACCGCGCGUCAUUUUAUCUUUAGGUGCUGAUGAAGUUUUCAGAAAAUGGACUCCUCCGAAGGAAUGUUCUGUUAUUUACAUUGGAUUUCAAGGAGAUAGCGGCGCAAAAUGGGCAUCAAUAAUUCUACCAGGAAGCGCCUACACCGAAGCUGGUGGAACUUUUCUGAACAUGGAAUGUCGUUCUCAAUUCGCCCAGCCGGCUGUGAGUCCACCUGGAAAAGCCCGUUUUGACUGGAAAAUUAUUCGAGCAAUAGCUGAAUACUGCAAAAUAUGCCUAUUUUAUACAGAUGAAGAUUCAAUUUGUAGGCGAUUAGCACAAAUAAGUCCAAACUUCGUCAGUUGCGGGACUUGUCAAAAACGACUUUUUGAAGAUCUAAUUCCCCAAUUGCUGGCAUCUGAUAGCUCUGACUGCGGCGGGCAACCUUUUGAUGUGUGUAUGAAAAAAUUGAAAGAAUAUUAUUGUUCCGACAUAUAUACUAGCAACUCGCCAACAAUGGUGAAAGCUCAAAAGGCUGUCAUGAAAAUGGAAAAAUCUCCCUACUGUCCUGUUUAA